CUCUCUAAACUUUUCUGUCGUCACAGGCGCCGCAUUUCCUUGACUUUUUCUCUAAAUCGUCGUCAAUCUGUCGCAAAUCCAAUGCCUUCAGUAUGUUUCGCGCUUGCACCUCCCGAUAUUUGACUAGAGGUCUUACCUCUUCUGCGCAAACAUCUCUAAAGGCAUUUCGACCAAUUCAGACUCGCAAAUUAGCUACAGUCAAUGUGCCAAGUCCAAAGGAACCGACAGAGCUUGACCAAAUAACAACGCUACCGAAUGGCGUCCGAGUGGCUUCGGAAGCUCUCCCGGGCUCCUUUUCCGGUGUGGGAGUUUACAUCGAAGGUGGAUCGAGAUUCGAGAAUAAAUACUUAAGCGGAGUAAGCCAUAUUGUCGAUCGAUUAGCCUUCCAUUCGACAGAGACCAAAAGCGCUGAAGAUGUACAAGAGGUGGUAGAAUCUCUAGGAGGAAAUAUACAAUGUGUUUCCUCGAGAGAGUCUAUAAUGUACCAGGCCGCCACUUUCAACUCUGCUGUUCCGAAGGCAACCGAAUUACUCGCCGACACGAUACGAAAUCCUCGAAUUACCGACGAAGAAGUAAAUGCCGAGCUAGGGACCGCCCUAUACGAGAUUACAGAAAUAUGGAAGAACCCCGAACUUAUUAUACCCGAAUUAGUACAUAUGGCGGCUUUCAAGGACAACACCCUUGGUAAUCCUCUACUAUGCCCAAGGGAGCGAAUACCAGAGAUCAAUAGAUCGACUAUUCAAACAUACAGAGAUACAUUCUACCGUCCCGAAAGAACAGUUGUUGCGUUUGCCGGUAUUCCGCAUUCAGAAGCCGUGCAAUUAGCUAUAAAUUUCUUCGGAGAUAUGCAAGGCUCUGAACAACCGAUUCUAUCUCGGUCAGGAUCGGAAACAUCCAUAGAUUCAUUAUCAUCAGAUGCAACUGAUGCCUCAGCCUCGUCAAUCUCCUCCGCAUCCGCGUCCUCGACCUCAUCUUCGUCACAAUCAUCUAAUAUACUAUCAAAAGUACCCUUUGUCAAAAAUCUCUCGACUUCGGCAAGCCAGCAAGCCUCUGUUCUUUCCACAUCGGCAAACUCGCCAACUCUAGAACAACUCACUAUGCCCUCACACUACACCGGUGGUUUCGUCGCCCUCCCACCGCAAACCGCCCCCAUGCACAACCAACCACUUUACACCCAUAUUCAUCUUGCCUUUGAAGGAUUGCCCGUUGCAUCGGACGAUAUCUACGCUUUAGCAACACUUAACACGCUUCUCGGCGGCGGCGGAUCCUUCUCGGCCGGUGGACCGGGUAAGGGUAUGUACUCGAGAUUAUACACCAACGUACUCAACCAAUAUUCUUGGGUCGAGUCUUGUAUCGCCUUCAACCACUCCUACACAGAUUCCGGAUUAUUCGGCAUCUCUGCGCAGUGUGUUGCUGGUCGUACACGUGACAUGCUCGAUGCUAUGUGCCAGGAGUUAAGAGCGCUUACGAUAGAUACCGGAUUCUCUGCCCUUGGUCAAGUCGAAGUAAAUCGCGCCAAGAAUCAGCUACGCUCUAGCCUUUUAAUGAAUCUUGAGAGCCGAAUGGUCGAGUUAGAAGACCUAGGCAGACAAGUACAAGUCCAUGGCCGCAAAGUGCCGGUCCAAGAGAUGUGUCGAAAGAUAGAAAGUCUCACCAUCCACGACCUACGCCGGGUGGCAAAACAAGUUACAGGAGGAUUAGUACAGAAUAAAGGCAAGGGAAGCGGUGCUCCAACCGUGGUAAUACAAGAGGCGCAAGACUCAUCAUACAACCCUACGAAGCAAAUGACUUGGGAAGAAAUACAGGAUAGGAUCUACAAAUGGGGUUUGGGUAGACGGUGAACAACCUAAACGGCUCUAGAUGAUAACGAUGAUAACGGAAGUUAAGGAUCAAUCAUGACCUUAGGCCUCUUUACGGUAUGAUUUCACCCGAUCUCUCACCUCUUGGUCUUCCCCCGCUUCAAUGCCUUUGUAUAUAGUUGUACCAUAGCAAGCAAUUCAUGGCAGGCGUCGGAUUCUGUAUUAUAAAAAGAUGGGCUCAGGAAUAUUACCUAGCUAAUGAAGAUCUCGUUUCUCAGGUCCCUGCCGCGGCGGUAUCGAGAUAUUUCGUUGGUCGGAAAUUGUAGUUCCCGAUGCGUCACGUAACACCAGAAUUCAACACGGUCGGAUACGUCGGCAUGGAAUAAUACAUAGGCAACUCAAUCCGACAGGACGGCUACUGCUUCGAUUCUAUGAACUUGAAAAUAAUGCUAAACCUGUGUGUGUAGGUUCGGAAUGUCAACUCAUACUUUCAGGCGAUAUAGUUCAGCAUCUUGUCAC